AUGAUGCUCCCACACAUUCGGAGGACCGAUGCGAAGAUUGGCACCGAUCCCGUCGCCGCCGACUUUUCCGGGUCCGGGUCCGGGUCCAUCACCAACUCCCCCGACACCAACGUGCUGAUCAUCGUCCUCACCAUCGUCGGCAUCGUCGUGGUCAUUUCGCUCGCUUUUCUCGCACAUUAUAUCCGCGCCCGCAGGAAAAGGAAGCUCAACCAAUAUGAAGAUUACGAGUCCGCAUGCCUCCGAAACCCGAAUCUCACCUGGGAAGAGUACUCCCGCCGGACGAGGCUCACUCAAUCGCGCAUACUGCUGGAGGAGGAACUACAACGGGAUAUUAUGAUACGCAAGUCGUUACAAAGCCGAGUAGACGUCAGCGUCACACCCGUAUCGCCGCCCGCCCGCACCCGCUCGAAGACUUGGCACGGGAGAAGCGGCUCCAGAGGGAGCACCGAUACCGAUGAGGAGGAGGGCGAGGGACUGUUGAUGUCUCUCCGGGGAGACUGGACCGAGCACGAAGCACGAGUCGAGAGGACGUGGCAGAUCUUGCACAGGAAGUACCCGACGCGACGGGUGACGCUGCCGGUGGAGGAAGAUGGCGGACCGAUCCGACCCCCGACGAUUCGGCUCAAGACGCCGCCUUUGCUGUCGCACCCAAUGUUCCGUGGAUGGAAUGGCGAGGGCGAGAUGAAGCACUCGAGCCUGCCGACGGAGUUGACCAAGAUCAAACCGGCUCAGAUCUGA